AUGCGGUCCAUCUUGCGACCCUUUCGCCGCAGCUCUCCGGUCGCUCCUACGGACGACUCUGACGCUGCCUCCAAAGUCGUCGAGCUAGAAGAGCUCAGCGCACGUGGAAGCGCUGGUGGGAAGAAGAUUCUCACCGUCGAAGAUGAGGGCGCCGCAAAGCUCCUCGCGCACGGCUUCACGAAGUCGAAGAAGUGGACGAUCCUCACGGUGAUCUUCCUCGUGCAGAUCAGCAUGAACUUCAACGCUUCCGUGUAUGCCAACUCGGUCACUGGCAUGAUGGAGGAGUUCGACGUUCCGAGAAGCCGUGCUAUGCUCGGACAGUUGUUGUUCCUGGUCACCUACGCUUUCGGAUGCGAGGCCUGGGCUCCCUGGUCCGAGGAGAUCGGACGCAAAUCAGUCCUCCAAGGCUCUCUUCUUCUCGUCAACAUCUGGCAGCUCCCCGCUGCAUUGUCGCCCAACGUCGCCACCGUCAUCGUCGCUCGCUGUCUCGGAGGUCUUUCUUCCGCUGGAGGCUCGGUCACCUUGUCGCUGAUUCCCGACAUGUUCCACAAAGCCGACCAGCAGAUCCCACUGGCCUUCAUCGUCUUCUCCUCUUGUGCUGGAAGUGUUGUCGGAGCCAUUGGUGGCGGCAUCAUCGAAGCGUUCCUCCCGUGGAGAUACAUCUUCUGGGUGCAGCUCAUCUUCGGUGCUAUCGUCCAGCUCAUGCACUUGUUCAUGGUUCCAGAGACCAAUCCGGAGGCUCUGCUUGACCGCGAGGCAAAGAGACGUCGCGAAAAUGGCAUUCAACCUGACAUCUACGGUCCGCGCGAAGUCCACGGCUCUCUCUGGCAACGCAUGACCUUCAAGAAGACCUGCACGCUCAUGUGGCGACCAUACCAUAUGCUCUGCACCGAGCCAAUCGUCGGCUUCCUCUCGCUCCUCUCCGGUUUCGCCGAUGCCCUCAUCUUUAGCGGUCUGAGCUCCUUCGGCAUGGUCCUUCAGCAAUGGAACUUCUCCAUCCUCGACAUCGGCCUGUCGUUCAUCGCGCUGCUCGUCGGCUACACCCUGGCUUCUGCUUCCUACUGGUACUGGUACCGCCGCGAUGGAGCCGCGCUGAAGAAGAACCCAACUGCUUUCAAGCCCGAACGUCGUCUCUGGUGGCUCCUCUUCCUGGUCCCGCUUCUGCCAAUCGGUCUCUUGGGCUUCGGCUUCUCCUCUCUCGGUCCUCCAAUCCCGUGGAUCGUGGUGUUGAUCUUCGCUGCUCUGAUCGGAAUCGCAAACCUCGCCAUCUACAUGGCCACCAUCGACUACAUGAUCGCCGCAUACGGCAGCAAGUAUUCCGCCUCGGCAACAGGAGGCAACGGCUUCUGCCGCGAUUUUUUGGCCGGUCUCGCUGCAAUCUACACGACGCCGCUGUACACGAACAUCAAGACCGGCACAAAGUGGCAGCUCGUCGUCCCAUCGCUGUUGCUGGCUGGAAUCUCGGCUCUGCUGUGCAUUCCCGUGUUCGUGUUCUACGUGCAUGGCUCGUGGUUCCGUUCACACAGCAAGUAUGCGAGGGAAGUGGCGGAGGAGAACGAGCAUCACGGAGUGAAUGUUGUGCCGGCUGAUAGCGGCGCGGCGAAGACUGGCCCUGGGCAGACGGGUGACGUGGUAGUUGAGGCGGUUGCUGCGUGA